UCCUGCAUAUUUACCUUGCACUCAAACUUUAGUUACCGACGAGGCGACGGCCUGCCAUCGCAAGAAUGAAAGUAUCAUGCACAGUGAUAAAUUUUUACUUGUAACUUACUUGUGUUUUAAUCGUGACGUAUGAUGAGUGAAGAUAUAGAUUACAAGACGUGUGAGAUACAAGGCUGGCUGCGCAAGGUGGAUCCGGUUGUUGACAAGAACGGACCUGUUUGCCCGAACACUGUUUUCUUGCCAAUAGAAAAACCGUUCACUUUCGGGAGGUCUGGCAGCGGAGUUAGUAUCCAACUUGUCUCUAGGAAGACACCUCUAAUGAUAUCAAGGAAGCAUGCAACUAUUGGGUUUAGGGAUGGGAAGUGGAUGAUAACAGACCACGAAAGUUUAAAUGGAGUGUUUGUGAAUGGGAUAAAGAUCAAAGCAAAUGAUCCUUUUCCAUUGUUUUGUGGCGAUAAGGUUGCAUUUGGAAUUGCUGUAGGCAAUAGCAAGACUCCAGAAUUUGAGUAUAUUUUCCAAGAGGUUCCACAAGACUACAAGCUUAAAAGAGGCAGGCAAAAUGUUGAAAAUGAUGAUGUUGAUUGUAAAAGACGCUGUGAAAGUGAUACAUGGCCAACAAAUUCCCACUCAGAAACAGAUACUCAAUCUGCUUUUGAAGAGCAAAUACAAGUGCAAGAAAGUAAGAUAACAGAAUUGACAAAGGAGCUUCUAAACAGGGAACAAGCACAUCAAGACCUAGCUUUAACGCUUGAAAAGAAAGAGCAAGAUCUGGAAGAGAAGUUAGAAAAACAAAGGAAAGAGCUUGAAAAUGAAAAACUUGAAGCAGAAAAAAAGUUGCAAGAACUUUUAGAGAACCAAUUGAAAGAGAAAGAGAAAAUGUUGAAGGAAAAAUUUGAAGAAAAAUUGAAGUCUCUUGAAACUGAAAGGGAUCUUGUUGAAAAAAAAUUGCAUAAAGAAUUGAAUGACAAAUUAACUCAAAAGGAUGAGACAUAUAAAGAGGAAUUAGAGAAGCAGAGAGAAGCUCUUAAUAAUAUUCUUAGUGAAAUGCAAAUGGAGAGAAAUAAUCGAGAAACAGAAAUGCAGAAGAAUCAGAAGUUGCUUGAUAAUUUAAAAAAUGCUGAAGAGAAUGAAAAACAACUAGGAAAUUGUUUAGAAGAGCUUCGAAGACAAAUACAAGCAAAAGAUCAGGAUUUACUUAGGCAGGAAGAAAUAACCAAAAAGGCAGAAGAGGAUGGAAAGCGGUUGGUAUUACAGCAAAUGGAGGAUGAGUUCACGUGCAUGGUUUGUCAUGAGUUGUUUGUGCAUGCAGUAACACUUACGUGUGCCCAUUCAUUUUGUGAAAUGUGUCUGAGAUCAUGGAUGAAGAAAAAGAAAGAAUGCCCUGUUUGCAGGGGAAGAAUUACUGGAAGAGCAGUCAAAUCUGUUGUCCUUGAUAGUGCAAUAAGUAAAAUGAUUGAGAAUGCAGAUAUUGAAACCAAGCAAAACAGAGAACGACUAAUAUCUCAGAGAAUUGCACUUAGAGAGGCAGAAAAAGCCAAAGGAUUUGAUAAGUUGCUUGUCACUGAUGUGGAUCCGCAGCCACUGAGAGGAGUGGAUAACCAAGGAUUCGUUCGUAUUUGGAAUAAUAGACCAGCCCAAGAGGAAGGUCACAGGUUUACUGAGUUUGUACCCGGUGCUCAUACUCAUGAAGUUUUUUCAAACAGGAUUCCGCAUGUGAGUAGCUCUGUGCAUGGCAACAAUUUUGCAAGACAAGGAAACCAUGGGCCAACCGGUAGAAACACAGCUGAUGAUCAGAGAGGCAACACAAAUCGAAGUACUCACAGAGGGGACCAGUACACUGGUGGCAGCCGUGGUCGUGAUGCACGACGACCAACCAACGAUGGACGCAGAAACGGAGGACAGCCACCACAGCAGUCAAGGGUCUGGAAUGGAAAUUGCUAUCUUUGCGGUAACCGUGGACAUUACGCUAGAAAUUGCUACCUCAGCAGCCGUUGAAAUGGAGGCUUUGCCAAAAGUAACAUUUCACACUGUAUAUUAUUGUGAAUUUGACUACUGUUCAUUUACGUUUUAGAAAAUUUAAAUACAUUUGUUGAUAUUAGAAUGAAUAAUUUGGUCACCCUGUAAUUUUGUUUAUUGCCACCGUCGUAUUUGAGUUCAAAUAUACAAAGCAUGGGAAUAGCUGUUUCUGUGCUAUAGGUUCCCUAAGUUUUUCUAGAACUUCCCGUGGAAAUUCAUGCAACUUUAGGUCAGGCAAAUAGCUAGAAUUUCUUGAAAGAAUUAUUGAGUACCUAAAGGCAAGCACAAAUUGUUUUCAAAUAAAAGAAACUUUUAAGGAAUUUCUGACAACAGAACACGUCCCAACCUGUUUCCUAGCCUAUCCCCCCCCCACCCUUCAGUAGUUUAGAAUUUUUCAGUGGUGUUGCAAGACAGUAGAUUCCAAAAAGUUGUUUCUUGGUAACUUCAUACCAGGUAUGUAACGUUUUGUUAGUAGAUACAACAACUUAAUUAUAUAGUCGUUUUGUUGUAGAAAAUGUUGACUGUAUUGGUCCAUGUUCCUUGUAUUUUAUGCAACUGGUUAGUUGAAAUUAUUCAAGUGUUAGGCCUCUUGUCCCUUUGUUAAAGAACGCUUCUGAUGCUUCUUACCUAACAACCCCUCCUUCUAGUUUAUUCCUGUCACUUCUUUUGUUAACAAUGUGAUUUAUAAAUGGCAUGAUGAAAGCAUGUCCCUCUAAAAAGUAUCUCCUCCUAGACCAAUUAAGCAAAGUUCUGGGCAUGUUCCUCUUCUCCAGUUUUAGUCCACUCUAACAUAACUGCUCUGUAGAAGCAGUACCAGGGGGGGGUAUGGAAGAGGGGUUACUACCCCCCUUCCACUUUGUCAAAACAUGGUUAACAUAAUUGUUCUAGAAAAUUGAUAAAAAUGCAUUAGGUAGGGAAAGUUAGAUUAUAUUUUGCCUAAGCAAAAUAUACUCGGUAUCAAGCAUUGAAACGAUACAAAAUGGGUGUGGUCUCAUGGGUUGCAUCCAUUACUCAUCCACUCCGGGGUAGAUGGCAUUGCUACUGCAUUCUCUGUUGCUCCUUUUUCAAGAAUGCUCACCAUCUGAACAAACCAUAGAUUCCCUAAGGUGUCCUGCAAUAUAUUUUGUAUCUACUCUGAAAAAAUCACAGAAAAUUGUCAAAGUAGAAGUAAAUAAUUCUUCAGCUGCAAGUUGUUAAUCUUUGAAGAAAGUAGCAAGAAGCAGCUAACCAAAAAUGUUGCAGCAUCAUUGUUCAAUGUUUUUUGUAACAGUUGUUUCUCAGAGUUUAGAUAUCAAUAUUGAAUGUUUUGAAUAAUCAUGUACUCUAUAGCAAUUGCCUUUCUCCUUUAUAAAAAACUGGCUGUAUAUUGUGUUUAUGGUUUUUCAGCGAAAACAAAUAUAGAAAUGUUAAAUAUGCACUUGUUAUUAACAAAUUUGGGAAAAACAUAAUUUUUUUCUUUUUGUCAUUCUUUUUAAAAGGAGACCAAUUGCUGUUUUAGUCUUCAUUUGCAUUUGUUAAUUGAGAAUGUGGUAUUUGAAAUGUGGAAAAAUUAAUUCCCUCGCAUUGCUAAAAAGGUUGCCUUGGAAAUAUUUUGCAGGUCUCACUCAGGGCACCAAUGCAAAUACUUAAUAACAUCUGAUAAUGACAAAAAUUUCAAUUUCUUGUGUCAAAUUACCAAACAGGUGUAUUACCAAUAAUUUUUUUUGAAGGAAAGGACCAAUAAACAUUUUUAUGAAAAAAGUCUUUAGAUAUGCUAGGUAAGGUAAUA